AUGUACAAGACAGUUCGCAAGGGAGAUGCGAGUCUCCAAUACACAAUUUUACCGCAAACGGACCAAUUUUUCGACAACGGUCCUCCGAUGACACCUCCUCCAUCGCCCUCAGCACGUGAUAAUAAUUGUCUCCGGGUUGUUUAUAAAUAUUUAACUACUGUGAAGAGAUUUUAUAAAAAAAAAAAAGAAUCAACUUCAGAAAUAACAACAGAAGAAAUAAAUAUAAAAAUAGAAUCAACAGCUUCACUCCUUCUAUCAUCAUUGCUAUCAGUUGAGACAUCACCACCGACUCCAGAAACAAGCUCGAAAGUCCAGACCGAGUUCACUGACCCAGCAACAACAACAACAACAACAACAGCAACUACUUCUGGAAGCUCGACAAGUACUUAUAAAAAAGCUAAGAUGCCACGUGUGACUCUUAAACUACGUGAGAACGAAACAAUACCGCAGAUGUACAUGAAAGCGGGUAUUGCGUCUUAUAAGAAAGGAAAUAUUACUACAAGUGUACUUGCACAUGGUCUUAGUCUCGAGGGGUUGAUAUUCAAGACACCUGAGGGUACUAUUAAGCCGUGGAAAGACAAAUGGCCAUUUGGCGAGUCCUCACUCUACAAAGAUUACAGCCAGUGGAAGCUUAAGGCUCAUCGUCGUAAAUGUCAAACUGUUGAAGAGCCACUUUUGAAUGAAAAGCAAGACGAAGAAGAAGUAGAUCAUAGAUCGAAACUACUUGACUCAGAAACUAAAGACGAUAGUGACUAA